ACUGAAACCCUUCCGCCGAUGGUUUAUGAAACAGCAACAGCCGCGGCUGCGUGCACCAUGUCGGGCAGAAAGCCUCGCAGCGUGGCGAAUCCUCUGGAGCCCGCGAUCACCACCCCGAGUGAGAGGAUACUGAAAGAAUGCCACAGCUUGUAUGUCGACAGCGAAAACGGCCUGGUGAAGAUUGCAAGCAGCCUUGGAGUCCGACUCCUUCCUCCCAGAAAAAAGAUCAUCGUGAUGAUAAUGGGUAACCACUCUGCAGGGAAGAGCUCCUUCAUUAACUGGUAUGCUGAGGAGCACAUACAGAAAGCAGGCGUCGCCAUUGAGACACAAGGCUUUACGUUCAUCACAAGUGGUCGCAAAAGAGAAUCACUGACGGGGAAUGCAACGCUACAUCUCUAUCCUCACUUUCGACCCCUCCUUGAGUUCAAAGGUGUAAUGGACUAUCUCUUUGCUGAGAUCUCCACCUCCAAGCAGAAGAAGUUCAAUUUGGUGACAUUUGUGGACACACCGGGUUUGGUGGACGGAGACAUGGUCUACCCGUUUGAUGUCAACAGCGCCAUCACAUGGUUGGGAGAACAGGCCGACUUGGUAUUUGUGUUCUUUGACCCAAUGGGCCAGGCGCUCUGCAAACGCACACUCAACAUCGUGGAGAAGCUGAGUGAGAAAUGCGGAGACAAACUGUUGUUCUAUCUGAGCAAGGCAGAUGAAGCUGGGAAGGAAACAGACAGACAGAGGGUGAUGAUGCAGAUUGUCCAGGAGCUAUGUCGCCGUCCAGGUCUCAACAAAUGUGGUUUUGAGAUGCCCACAAUAUACAUCCCCAACCCACAGAGGCCGAGCCGCUGCGUGAACCAGAUUGAUGGGGUGUGUCAGACGAUCGAGAAGACCAUCAACCAGGCCGUUCAAAAGACUCUGGAUCACCUGGAGAAAGACUGUGACCUUAUUUGUUCCACCAUCAGCAGCCAACAAGAGCAGGACAGGGCUGAUGUGGCUCACAACAAAAGCGUCCGUCUUCAUUCGUUCUUGUGCGGCGCUCUGGGCAUCAUCCUCCCAGUUCUCUUUGUCCUCAGUUUCAUUGUGAACACAAUCUCCAAAGAUCAGCUAGAUCAGGUGCUGGGUGAAGGACCGGCCCGGACUCUCUUCGUAUUCACAGGAAUAGUGAUGUAUUUAUGGGACUGGAUACCAGAGGAUGGACAAGUUGUGUUUGUCAUCAUUUUCGGAGCUUUUUGCUACCUCCUGCUUUUUCUAGCAAAGUAUUUUGCAGGCCGUGGGAAUAAGACUCUGACGAAGAAAGAGAAGAGGACGAUGGCGGAGUACAGUGAUUAUAUCCAGGAUAUCGUCAAAACUAAGAAGGGGAACCUGUAUGAGUGGUACCUCCAGCAGUGUGCAGCAGAAUAUGACUUCUGACCCGGGGUCAGACGAACACUGUUUUCACAAAUCUUUGGGUGUUUUGCAACAAGAUUGUUGUGAAUUGUUGAAUGAGUGGGACUUUGUAAACUGAUGAUGAUCUACCAAGUGAUCAGGUUUCACUCCUCAGUCUGGUACGUGCAACCUCAAAAUGCAGCAAACAACAUUUAUCAUCUCAAGAGCUUGCAUUAAAGAUGAAGUGCCUUUGUUAGUUUGUACAGGAGAAGCAGCCAUUGUUAGUUGUUUGAUGAAAAUGAAAUACUGUGAAUCAUUUCUUUUGUUCAGUUGUUACAUGAAAGUUGAUGCCAGAAAGAAGUGUUUACACCCUUUUCUCCGUAAUUUCUUUAUAUGGUGUCCCUGCACUGAUGAUUAUCUCUUGUGGAACUCUGAACCCUUCAUUCUGUCUAUAGAUCUUUGUAUCUCAAAUCUAGUUUUACAGUAUGACUACACCAUGAAAUGCCUUCACUCACAGUUUUUAUAGAUAUAUUUAUUGCUCUUCUUGCUGUACCUUUACCCAAAUAAUGUUGAAAAACCUAAAUGGACUGUUUGCAAUUGUGAACACUGCUCCAUUUGUAGUGUGUGUAUUUUAUGAGAUAGUUCAUUUAAACGUGUGAAACUUUCAGGGUGUGAUUUUAUCUAUUUUAUGUAACCUUUCCCAGAAUAUUUUUAUUAUAUGAAAGCUUAUCUUGACUCAAAGAAUGAAUUUCUUGCAAACUAUGCUAUGUAAUUUCCUAGAAAAUGAUUAAACAUUUUCUACUGA